AUGGGUGAAACGAAGACCGACCCGGUGUCCUCGAGGCAUGUCUCGCCGAAAGUGUUGCUGGAGGGCCACAUCACCAGCACCAACGUCAUGGUGGAUGUUUUUCAGACCGAUUACAAUGACUGCUUUCGGUCGUACCGUGUUUGUCAGCGCAACCCCUUUGGACCAAACACGCCGUUUCUUUUACGUAUUUUUUCGGUCAACGACGUGAUGUUGCUGGUGGUGCUGAUUGCUUUAGCGCUUCCGUCCCUGCCCACAUUUUUAGGCCCUCUGCAAGGAGCAAAUUGGAUGUAUUUUUCCCUUAACGGUACUGAAAAGAAGAUUGACGGUGUCGUUCCUCUUUUGAUGGACAAAUGGACACCAAAUUCGUUUUUGCCGCGUCUGUUUUUGAUGAUAUUUUGUUGUAUAUUGUCCGUAUGGCGUAUGGUGGCUGGUUUCCAGCGUGCGCACAUUGAAGAGGUGAUGGUAAUCCGUGGACUUGGAAUGCAAAUUACGAAUUACAAUGUGUUUGGUUGGAUUUGUUCACAACGGUUUAUAGAGCUUAAACUUAUCCGUUCUCUUGUUAUUCAUGAUGCCUUUUUUCGAUAUCAAGCCAUUUUUUUUCUUUCCGCAACGAUUGAAAACGAUGCAAUACGUUUGGUACUUUUUGAGGAGACGUUGCCUCGAUUGGCAGUGUUGUGUCCUGUUUUAUGUGGUUUGAGGCAUAUUCUAUAUGAAGAACCUGAGAAGGGUGCCACUUUGGCAGAAUUGGAAGGGGUUGAAUCAGAACGCCUUGAUGACACCAUGGAGGGUGAAUACAAGGCUACAGAUGACGAUAGUGAUGUCACAGACCGUGAAAAUGGCGACUCCUUUGCCUUUACAAAUGCACUCGAGAGAGAGAGAAACUAUUAUGACCCACCGUUGAUGGAAUUUCUUCACACAAAGUGA